UUCUCGACGGAUCGAGAACCCAGGACUCGAUGCAACCAUUACCGGUCCGCGAUACUCCGAUGAUAAGCAAGAAUAGGGAGCUGCGGAAAGCUACACAGGAGCGCAGGAGGAGUAGUAUGGGUAUGAGGGGCCGAAGAAUCAGUAGCGGUCUAGGUGAUGAGCCUUCAUUCCCGCAUGCGAAUCUCCCGCACGAUAUUUUCUACAAGCAUAUCCACUACGACCCGGAAGUUCCUCCUGCCGGACGAAUGCGAACCCUUCUCCAAUGGUGCACGUAUCGAGCGGCCCAGCUAGAAACCACGCCAGCGGCCGAUGUACAAACCAUAAAGCGGGGAAAGAAAGCCGAUGUCACUCUCACAGCUGAUCUACCCACAUUAUCCCCUGAUGCAGUGAAGCUGGUGAAAGACAUUCAAGAGGACGUGUUUCGCAUGAUCGCCACCAAUCAAGUUGAUACCAGCACUUUUUCGGCACGGCCCGUUGGCCAAGGCGGGGAGAAGCUCAAGGUCAAUGAGCAGAACGAGCGAAACAGAGAACGAGACGCAGCAGAUCAAGCCUAUUUCGAACAAUGCAAGCAGGAGGAGUUAUCUUGGACAUCUUUGAUUCAGUCGUAUAAUACAAUUCAAACGACCGUUCUCAAAUCGAUCCAGUCCCGCAUGGCUGAUCCGGCUUCUCAAAGCCCGCAAACACUCAACGUAGCUCAGUUGGGUGAGUCAUCUCGCCCAGCAGCCCAAGCAGCAACAGCAGAGCUGGAAGAGAGUGGACAAGGGGAGACUGAAUUAGAAGCGAAACUUGCCGCUUUACAACUAAAGGUCGACACAUUACAUCAAUCUGCACACGUUCUUUCACAACUUGCGCAUCGCGCCGAACGACACCUGUCGUCUCACCAGGUUACCCUUCGAAGUCGACAUCAAGCGCGAAGUGCACCGUUACCGCCUCUCACAGCGCCGUCCACCCUCUCCUCAGCUAAUCCGAAUGCACCACUGUCAGGGUUGUUGUCCGCCGUGCGACCCGAUAGACGCGACACAAUGGCGGAGGGCCAAGACGAUCCCCAACUUCUGCUGAAGGCACUGGCAUCAAAGGAUGUGGAACGCCAGCGAAAGGAAGAAGCUGGGGAUGAUGAAGCUGAACGUCGGAGGGAAGGAAUGGCAGAUCGGCGAGUCACGGCUGUUCCUCCCACGCCGAGGAGGCAACCUGGGACACCAGGUCGAAGAACCACGCCAGGCCGUUCAAGAGGUUGAGCGGUGGGGGGUGAUGCGUCUCCGUACGAUUGAGGUUGUUUCGGCCCAUAUAUAUACGUUCCAUUCCUAGGACUGAUAUUUUUUUCUACUCCCCCUUGGGUGAUUGUUGUUCUUACGAUUGUAACACGCUUGUAUUAUUUGGACCAG